AUGUGCACCAAACGUACCACCGGUUUGAUUGCGCUGGUGUGGUUGGCUUGUGCGAUGCUGGAAGCGAAUUCAACCCCGAACUGCACCGUCACAACCUUUGACGAAGCGCUUCAGGAAUGUGCCACCCAGCUCGGCAUACCGCCGGAACGGCUCGAGCAGGAGUACAGCCUGCUGCUGUUUCCGGCCGAUCGGGACAGCAUGUGUUUGGUGCGGUGCAUCGGUGUCCUGCUGCGCUUUUGGAACGAUACCACCGGCAUAAGGGAAGCAACGAUCCGGCAGUACUAUCAACCGGCUCCGGAAGAUCAUUGCUACCAGAACCGGACCCGCAGCUGUUUGGAUGCGUUGGAACCGAGUGUGACGGAUGUCUGUGAGCGAGCCCAUCGAUCCUUUCUGUGCUACCACCAACAGUACGGCUAUCUGACGAAGGCCGAUCGCUACAUUCCCAAGACGGCGCUCGAAAUGAAGCAGAUCCAGCAGGAUUGUUUGGAUGUGUUUGGCCUCUCGCCGAGACGGUUGAACCAGUACCAAGAGGGACACUUUCCGGACGAUCCCGAAACGCAAUGCUUUGUGCGGUGCGUUGGAUUACGGACUGGCCUGUACAGCGAUCGGUAUGGACCGAAUGUGGAUCGGCUGUACAUCCAGUGUGAUUCGUGUGCAGACGAGUCGGUGUUUCGUGAACGAGCUGGCGAGUGUAUUGCGGCACAGCGACGACACAAGCUGAGCAGAUGCACUGCGGCGUACCGGACACUGUACCAAUGUUUCCGAGACGAUCAACUGGAUCUGUACGCGAGUAUCACGACGACAAAGGUUCCAACUACUGAGCGUCCUACCAAAUCAUCCACCAACAGUGGUCCCAAUGUGAUACCGGCUCUUUCAGUCAGGGAAACUGGUCAACCACAGUUACACCUUAUACCUUCACAAAUUGAGAUCAUUCUAAAGACACUUUAUAACGGAAAGUAUUGA